AUGAGGUUGCUGGCCGCAUGGGACGAUGUCCUGCCGCUAUACUCGCGCACCUACUUGUAUCAGACUGGUACUUGUGCGUCUCCAUCUCCAAGUAUGGAUACGGCCUCCCUGCUUGCGCUAGCACGCGGUCCUCAGCUCUCGUCGGCCUUCUAUUUUAAAACGUCGAGUAAUCUGCACAUGCACAUCCCUCUUCCAAGCAACCUGGGCCGCAUCCACGGCCGCGCCAUGAGCCGUCUCAUGAUCCAAGACAAGCCCAACGUCGUCCGCACCGAUGAGAGAGAUACGAAGCAGUCAGCCGGGGAAAAUAAACCGAAAAGCCGCACUAAACUUGUUGCACCCUUGUGA